AUGAAUACUGUCAUUGGCCCUCAGGCUCCCUAUGAUGCUCCUGGUGUGCACGCAGACGCGAAUUCCGACCAACAGGCCGAGGCUGCAAGAUCUAGUGCCGGGGAAGAUGAGGAUGCAGUGGGGAGUAUUGGCAAGCUGGCGUAUUGGCUGGUGAACGCAGCGUAUCUGCUGCAUCUGCUCAUGAGAUAUUUCAAGACCGAUGAAGUCCCACGGGAAACGGUGGCAUUUCAUCAGGCCAUCUUCAGCCCAACUGUCCCAUCUGAGGAUGAGAUAACUGUAGCGGAGGCUGAUGGGCUGCAUCUCGUGAAGCCCAUUGUAUUGCUUAGCCGUCGAAGCUGCACCUUACAUUAUGUCGACGCGUAUCUCAAGGAGGGAUUGAGGGAGCUGCAGCAGUGGACCUCUGCCGUCACUGAGGAGUAUGCUGGUGGCGCAUGGGACCAGCUGCAGCACAUCAGGCAGGCUGUGGAGUUCAUCUCCUUCCUGAGAAAACUAAGCGAUCCCAAUGCUAUCUUUGCGCCACGUGCGAUGCUGUAUGCCAUGCGUGAGAAGUGCAACAAAGAGGAUCCUCGCAAUGACAUACCUUUCCUCCUUGAUGCUGACUGGAGCCUCGCGCCGCUAUUGCAAGCAACCAUGACUACACAUUGGCGGAGUUCCGUCCGCCCGCUGCUGCUACUGCUGGCGGUGCUGCUGGCGCGGCAUGCGAGCGUGCAGGCAGCGGACAAUGCGAACGCCACCCAGCCAGCAGCGGACGACCCCGUGGUCAAAGCGGAGAAGGAGGCGGGCGAUAUCGUGCCUCAAGGGGCGUGUAAGGCGGAGAUAACGGCUUACUGUUCGGACCUACCCACGGGCAACCGCUCUCUGGAGCGUUGUUUGAGUACUCAAGUCAAGAUGGUGAUGGCGGGGAAAGUGAAAGCGAACCCCGAGUUCACCGCGGAGUGUUUGCUGGAGAUCCGCAACUUCAAGAUCGCGCUGUACAAGGACAUCAGCAUGAACAAGGAGAUGGGUGCGUGGGCGUGGGUAGUGGAGGCAUGCGAGGAGGGCAUCACGUUACAUCCGUCUGUGAUGGUUCCUGCCUCACCACUCCCCUCUUCGCCCCGUUAUCCUCCUUUCUCCCACCCACCAGUGGAGGCGUGCAAGGAGGACAUUGCAUCCUUCUUUGAUGACUCCUGCCUCACCACCUCUCUCCCGUUCGCCCCUUUCUCCUCCCCUUCCCCUUCCCCCUCCCUUGCCCACCCACCAGUGGAGGCGUGCAAGGAGGACAUUGCAUCCUUCUGUGAUGACGACUUCCUCUACCCGGAGCCUGGAAACGUGCUCGCAUGCCUGCGAGAGAGCAAGGAGUCGGGGCGGGUGUCGGACCAAUGUGCUAUAAUGGUGUUCGAGGCGCAGGAGGACGCAGCAGACGAUUUCCGCAUGGACCCACAGCUCAACAUGCUGUGCUCCAAGGACGCUGAUACCUACUGUGGGGACGUGCAGGCAGGCGAGGGGCGCAUUCAGGAGUGCCUGGUGAGUGCUUGGGGAAUGAAUGGAGAGCUCUUGGUGGGUCUAGACGCAGCUGACGACUUCCGCAUGGAUCUGCAGCUCAACAUGCUGUGCUCCAAGGACGCUGAUACCUACUUUGGGGACGUGCAAGCAGGCGAGGGGCGCAUUCAGGAGGCGCAGCAGAUGGCUUCCGCAUGGACCAACGCCGCAUGGACCAACGCCGCAUGGACCAACACCGCAUGGACCAACACCGCAUCCAUAUCCCACCCCUGCACAUCCUUCCACACCAUCCUUGACCCCCCUUUUCCCCUCCCUCAGCGUUGCAACCGCAAGAGGCUGGCUCCUCAUUCCCUUCCCCACUCUCUUCCCCUCCACACCCCCUCUCCCUCCACUUCAUCCCUUCCCGUGAGUGUGCAGCGGCGCAACCGCAAGAAGCUCAACUGGGAGUGCCAGGCGGAGCUGUUCCGGCAGGAGGUGGAGAAUGCAGAUGACAUCCGCCUCAACGUGCGCCUGUUCCGAGCCUGUCUGGAUGACAAGCGGCGUUUUUGUCCCGAUGUGCUGCCCGGGGAUGCCCGCGUGAAGGACUGCCUGGAGGAGCACCGCUCUGAGCCUGAGUUCUCCAAGACCUGCAAGGCGGAGUUUGACAAGAUGAUGGAGCGCAGGGCCGUGGACUUCCGCCUCGAUGCCAGCCUGCGCAAGUACUGCCAUAAGGACAUCGUGGAGACGUGCUACCCCGACGCGGAGGACAUCAGUGACGUGGCAAACUGGGACAGCAAGGUGAUGGAGUGCCUGCAGGACUAUAAGGAGGAGCUCAAGGACCCACGCUGCCGCCAGCAGGUGCACCGCCUCACCAAGAGGGCAGCGGAGGACAUUCGCUUCGACCAUCCUCUGCAUGACGCAUGCCAGCCCGACCAGGAGAAGCUGUGCAAGGACGUGCCGCCCGGCCACGCACGCGUCUUCACGUGUCUGCAGGAUCACCGCAAGGACCUUCGCCCUGUGUGCCGCGCCGCCCUCUUUGACCAGGAGAUCCGCUACGCAGGAGACAUUGACUUCAAAUUCGCCAUGCGCCAGGCAUGUGCCGAUGAGAUGAAGCGCCUGUGCUCCCAAGCGCCUGACAUGGUGAAGUGCCUGCAGGACCAUGUGACCGAGGCGGACAUGAGCAAGGGAUGUGCCGAUGAGGUCAAGAAGGACGAGGAGCGCAGCGCACAGGAUUUCCGCCUAAACUUCCGCCUCAACCACGCGUGCUUCGAGGACGUGCAGCACCUCUGCAUGAACGCCUGCGCCCCUCCGGGCGUGGAGGGGGCCAUGGCUGCUGCAGCAGCGGCCGCGGGGCAGGCGUGCGGAGGGGCGGUGCUCAAGUGCCUGUCUGAAAAGGUGUCUCAGCUGCAGAACGCCGAGUGCAGGGAGGAGGUCUUUUACUUUGAGCGCAGGCAGGUGGAGGACCCAGCACUGGACGUGCCUCUGCAGCAGGCGUGCAAGGACGAUGCUGACAUGUACUGUGGUGCCGGGGCGGGGUAUGCGGGUAGGGACCACAGCCGCACGCUUUCCUGCCUGCGGCAGAACAGGAAGAAGCUGUCGGCCAAGUGCAAGGCGGAGGAGCUGCGGUUCACUGCCAUGGAGGCAUCGGACAUCCGUCUGACGCCCACGCUGAUGAACGCGUGUGGAUUGGAGCUGCACCAGUUCUGCCGCGGAGUGCCGCCCAUGGGCGGCCAUGCCUUCCGCUGCCUGCAGUGGCACAUCCAGGAGUCUGGCAUGAGUGUAGCCUGCCGCGCUGAGGUGGACCUGCAGACCAUGCGCCAGUCGCAGUACUACCGCACCGACAUCGCGCUGCAGCUGCAGUGCGAUGCUGACGUGGCGGAUAAGUGCAGCGAGGUGGACGAGGCGGCAGAGAUGUCAAUGGGGGAGGAGACGGAGGAGGGUGACUAUGGCCCCAUCCUACGCUGCCUGCUGCAGUCCUACCAGACGCUCAAGCCUGCCUGCCAGUCCGAGGUGACCUAUGUGGUGCGCAACGCCCUGUGGAUGUACCACAGCAACGCACCCCUAACCAAGCCCUGCCACGCGGACAUUGAUGCCCUCUGCAACAGCACCAACGUGUCGGGGUUCAGCGAGCACAAGGGAGCAGUUGUGGGGGUGUUUGGGCAGUGCCUCGUGGACACGCCGCUCACUAAGAUCUCGGAUAAGCAGUGCCGGCAGAUGGUGGGCGUGGUGGCAGGCAGUGGCGGGCACGUGGGAGGGCUGGUGAAUGAGAAUCAGCUUGAGGACACGCUUACGAAGAUAGCAGAGAUCCAGCUGGUGGCUCAGGCUGAGGCAGAGGAGCAGGCAGAGGGCUCUCCACUAGUGCUGACUGGGUGGCUGGCCUUCAUUGCCAUCACAGCCCUCGCUGCUCUGCUGCUUGGUGGUGGCUUCUUCAUCUACCGCCGCUACUUUGACCCCCGCCGCAACUACACUGUGGUUGUCAAGGCUGGUGACGUGUGA